UGUCCUGAGGAGAGACCCCAGCUGGGAACUGUUGGGUGGCAUGGGUAGCUAAAACUCGAAUAGAAAUCUCAUCUUUCUGUGCAGAAAGGAAAUAACUGUUAGCCCAGAACUCUUAUUUUCAGUGAAAAUAUUUUCAGGAAUCAAAGUGAAAUAAAGACAUUCUCAUAUGAAGGAAUGCCAGCUGACCCGCUCUAAAAUAAAUGCUUGGCGGGCUGGGCGCGGUGGCCCACGCCUGUAAUCCCAGCACUUCGGGAGGCCGAGGUGGGUAGAUCACGAGGUCAGGAGUUCCAGACCAGCCCGACCAACAUGGUGAAACCCCGUCUCUACUAAAUAAAAAAAAUUAGCCGUGCGUGGUGGCACGCGCCUGUAAUCCCGGCUACUCAGGAGGAUGACGCAGCAGAAUCGCUUGAACCUAGGAGGCAGAGGUUGCAGUGAGCCAAGAUCGCACCAUUGCACUCCAGCCUGGGCGACAGAGCGAGACUCCGUCUCAAAAAAAAAAGACAGAAAGAAAGAAAAAAGAAAUGCAUGGUGGGGCGUGGUGGCUCAUACCUGUAAUCUCAGCACUUUGGAAAGCCAAGGCAGGCGGAUCACUUGAGGUCAGGAGUUCGAGACCAGCCUGGCCGACAUGGUGAAACCUCGUCCCUACCAAAAAGCGCCACAACACUCCAGCCCGGGCGACCUAGGCUCCGUCUCAAAAAAGAAAAAAACAAAAAACCAAAAAAAAGUGGGGGUGCGGGUGGGGGGAAGACUUAAUGACUAAAUGAAUAAGUCUGGAGAGACGGGUUGCAAGGAAUGAUGAGACUAAGGUUUGUAGUCUGGGAGCCUAAGUGGAUGAAAGUUGGAAGAAUCAGGUGGAAAAGAACAUUUCAAAUAGACCACAAAGAAAAGUAUAUAACGUUUUGAGGCUGUGGUACGCUUUAUUAAAGAGCAAAAGGGAACAAUUCCUCAAAUCAGGGGGGAGGGAUAGCAUUAGGAGAUAUACCUAAUGUUAAAUGACGAGUUAAUGGGUGCAGCACACCAACAUGGAACAUGUAUACAUAUGUAACUAACCUGCACGUUGUGCACAUGUACCCUAAAACUUAAAGUAUAAAAAAAAAAAUUCCUCAAAUCGAUGCCACGCUCCACUUCUUUACAACGAUGGAAUUAUUUCAGGAAUUGGAAUUAUUUCAGGAAUUGUGUUUGAAACCACAGCUUUGGAUCCCGAUUUCUUUCUUGAGCUACUGUUACACUGUUUAUAUAUGGCCACUAAUUCGAUGACUGAGCUUGGGCAGAUUGUUAAUUAUUUUCUAUGACUUAAUCUUUCUAUCUGUACAACGGGGAUAACGUGGAAUUUGGAGUGUUGUGAGGGUUAAUUGAGAUAAUAUACGUGAUAACUUACACAAUGACGUUCAACAAAUACUUGUGGAGUGAAAGAUGCGCGAUUCAUCGACAGAUCUCAGGGAUUUCAGAAAGCUGUAUAAGGACCAGCUCUUCAGGCUCCCUCCGCUCCCCAGGAGACCGGGGAGCCGGCGCAAGGCGCUACUGCGUAUUCUUGGCCCCUUUUCCUCAUAAUGGUUUGGCCGCAUUUUUACCUCUUGAUUUCUCUGGUCCCAGGCUGCAGCUUCAGCUCGCUCCGCCAUGGGGCGCACGUCCGUUAGCCUCUGUGGACUCAGCUAAGUAUGAUGCCUAGGCUAGAGAGCCAUGUCCGGUCUCCUAGGCAAGCACAUCAACUUCCGGCUGGAGGCGCGAUAGCGGUUGGCGAAAGGCCACAUUUCAGCCACGUGACCCGCGCAUGCGCAUGCUUGCAUGGAGAGCGAGCGUCUUUUGACCCGAACACCUGCAGCGUGCCGAAGUUCUCCUUCUCUGCCCCGGUUCCGGGCGGUCCGCUGGGAGGUGGCGCCCGGAAGGACACCUGUGCCUGGGGUCGGGGCCAGUGCUCCUCUCGGAGCUCCAGAAGUUCUGCUGAGAAGCGCGGCGGCAGCAAGACGACUUCUCCGGAGCUGCCGAGCUGGAGUUAGAGGUGGAGCUCCGUGGGGCCGGGCCCCGGGCUGCGGGGCAGCGGCUCCUGCAGGCGGAGGCCCCGGCGGAGAAUGAGCCGGAGCCGGAGGUGGUGGUGGUCUCCCGGCAGAGCGGUGGGACCAGGAGCAAGCUGCGGUGGUUCACCACCUUGAUGCUGUGUGCCUCCUUCCUGGGGCUGGGAUUGAGUGUUGCUAUACUGGGACCCACGUUUCAAGAUUUGGCAACAAAUGUGAACCGAAGUAUCAGUAGUCUGUCUUUCAUUUUUGUGGGUCGUGCCUUGGGAUAUUUGAGUGGCUCUGUGAUUGGUGGAUUUCUUGUCGAUGUCAUGAAUUAUUUUUUACUUUUGGGAAUCUCAAUGUCGGCUACCACAGUUGGUCUUUAUCUUGUUCCUUUUUGCAAGACAGCAAUAUUACUCACUGUCAUGAUGUCUAUCUUCGGUGUUUCAAUUGGCGUUCUGGAUACAGGUGGUAACGUCCUUAUCUUGGCUAUUUGGGGGGACAAAGGAGCCCCACAUAUGCAGGCCUUACACUUCUCUUUUGCCUUCGGUGCCUUUUUGGCUCCACUGCUAGCUAAACUGGCUUUGGGUCCAACAGUGUCUGCUGAAAACCACACAGAGUCUGACUUCCAUCCCGCACUCAACCGAUCAUCUGAUGCUGACUCAGAAGCUCUGUUUGGAGUACCUAAUGAUAAGAAUUUACUGUGGGCUUAUGCUGUUAUUGGUACUUACAUGUUCUUAGUUUCUGUCAUUUUUUUUGGUCUGUUUUUAAAGAAUAGUUCAAAGCAAGAGAAAGCAAGAGCAUCUGCUGAGACAUUUCGAAGAGCAAAAUAUCACAACGCCCUUCUUUGUCUCCUUUUUCUGUUCUUCUUUUUUUAUGUUGGAGCUGAGGUAACAUAUGGCUCUUAUGUUUUCUCAUUUGCAACCACCCAUGCUGGCAUGAAAGAAAGUGAAGCCGCUGGAUUGAACUCCAUCUUCUGGGGGACAUUUGCAGCCUGCAGGGGUCUGGCAAUCUUUUUUGCUACCUGUUUACAGCCUGGAACCAUGAUUGUGUUGAGCAACAUUGGCAGCCUGACUUCAUCUUUAUUUCUGGUGCUUUUUGACAAGAACCCAAUUUGUCUCUGGAUAGCAACUUCAGUGUAUGGGGCUUCAAUGGCAACCACGUUUCCGAGUGGUGUUUCUUGGAUUGAGCAGUACACGACUAUCCAUGGGAAAUCUGCAGCAUUUUUUGUAAUUGGUGCUUCCCUGGGAGAAAUGGCUAUUCCUGCAGUCAUUGGAAUUCUUCAAGGAAAAUACCCUGAUUUGCCUGUAGUUCUGUAUACCUCUUUGGGAGCAUCAAUAGCUACUGGUAUUUUAUUUCCUGUGCUAUAUAAAUUAGCCACUUCACCUCUUGAUCGCCAGCAAAAAGAAGACAGAAAGAGUGAGGACCAGAAAGCUCUGCUCUCUAGCUCCGGGCUAAAUGAAUAUGAAGAAGAGAAUGAAGAGGAGGAUGCAGAAAAAUGGAAUGAAAUGGAUUUUGAAAUGAUUGAAACGAAUGAUACAAUGAGGCAUUCUAUAAUAGAGACAUCCAGAAGUAGUCUGACAGAGCCCACAGCUGAAGUCUAUAAUCAAUACCCAUCAAAUGCACUGGUGUUUGAGUCUUUUCCUUUUAAUACUGGCAGUUCCCAUGUGAAGCACUUGCCAGAAACCAGAACAAAAGGGACUAACAUUUAGAGAAGAUGGAUUACUCACUGACAUCUUUGAAUAACUGCCACUUCUAAGGACGCCAUUCAGAGCAGAGCAUUAGCAGAAUUUCACCAUGCUUUGGGGAUUAAAAUUUUUAGGUCCAAAUUAUGGCAAAUGCUAAAAAUUUUUGAAAUGUUCUGUAAUUCCCAGAGUCUUCCAUAAAUAACCAAAUGGUCUCAUACACGUAAAAUAGGAUCUUGUUAUAAGGCUAGUAUUUGACAUGUGACUGAUUAGGAAAUAUUUUAUGGUCUCCACCCCUCAGAGCACCCAGAGAAGGCAUUUGCUUUUGAGAAGGGGGGUAUUCUCAUGGAAUGAGACUGUGUAGGGGUUGAAUUGAUUGGUUGAACAAAUUAUCAGGUAUCAGUAUUUUUCCAGGAAAGUUGAGGAGAAUAGUUUCAUAAAAGAGAAAUGGGCCAGGUGCAGUGGCUAAAGCCUGUAAUCCCAGCACUUUGGGAGACCGAGACGGGCAGAUCACGAGGUCAGGAGAUUGAGACCAUCCUGGCUAACACAGCGAAACCCUGUCUCUACUAAAAAUACAAAAAAUUAGCCAGGUGUGGUGGUGGACACCUGUAGUCCCAGUUACUUGGGAGGCUGAGGCAGGAGAAUGGCGUGAACCCGGGAGGCGGAGCUUGCAGUGAGCCGAGAUCAUGCCACACUUCAGCCUGGGCGACAGCGAGACUCCAUCUCAAAAAAAAAAAAAAAAAAGAGAGGUAUUUUUAUUAAUUGCUUUACCUUAUCUGUAGGGUUGGAUCAAAGAAUGCUAAUGACUCAUUUGAUUUCUAAUUUCAAUGAAGAGAACACAGAACAGGGCCCAAGGGGCCUGGCUUCAAGCCUUGACUCCUUCUAGCCCUGCACUCUAUCACUUAAGAUAGGCCUUGUUUAUCUCGCCUCCUGAUCUGUGAUUCUAGAAAUGAAAAUGAGGUGAUUUCCAAAUUGAGAAUCCAUAGUUUUAAAGUUUGUGCAAAAUGUCUGCUAGAAAUUAGUACAAGUGACAGCACGUUCUUCAUUUCAAAUGAGAAGUGAAACCAAAAUGAUAAAUAGCUUUAAGAAUGUGCUAAUGAUAAAUGAUUACAUGUCUAUUUAAUGUACUUAAUGUUUAAUACCUUAUUUGAAUAAUUACCUGAAGAAUAUAUUUUUUAGUACUGCAUUUCAUUGACCCUAAGUUGCACUUUUUGCCCCCAUACUGUUAACAUAUCUGAAAUUAGGACAUGUCUUACAAUCAGUGAUCAUUUAACAUUGUGACAGUUUAAUUGACAGUUUUUUCCCAUAUGUAUAUAUAAAAUAAUGUGUUUUACAAUCAGUGGCUUAGAUUCAGUGAAAUACAGUAAUUCAUUCAAUUAUGAUACUAUCUUUACAGACAUUUUAAAAAUAAGUUAUUUUUAUAUGCUAAUAUUCUAUGUUCAAAUGGAAUUUGGAGACACUAUGUUCUAAUUUUAAGAGCUGUUUCAGUGUUACUAGAUUAGUAGUAGGGCUGUAGAUGGGGUCUUUCGAGGUCCUUUGCCUACCUCAGUAACAGAGGCUGGGUCUGAGCCUUGCUCUAGAUUAGCUCUUCACCAGGUCUGUGUUGUAAUCAUAUCGUAGUUACCGUAAGUCACGCUGCAAGUGUAAUUUACAGUGAGGCAUAGUCUUUUCCAGUGAUUGGAAUACUUGUGUCACAGAUCCAGGGUUUCUCUUUCCUGAGUCUGAAAUACCUGGGAAACCAAUUAGAAGGUGACUGGGUAGCCUAGGAGUCAAGGAUCAGAAAGGGUACUUCAUAUGUAUAUGGCAGAAUUGGUGCAGGUGAUCCUUUGAACAAUGACUAGAAUUGAUGAAAUUUUGUUUACUUCCUCCAAUUUUAUGCUGAAUAACAUCUCAUUUCUACCUGAUUGGAGUAGGCUUGCUUUCUCUUACUUAAUUUCUAUAAAUUUGCCAUUGUUUUGUCUCAAGUAAAAUACAGUGUCUUUCUUGACCACUGCCCAUUCACCUUAUAUGCCUGCCACAAUCUUGGUUCACGUAAUAACCUAACAGCUUUGGAGACGGCGGUGGAGAAGUUAAUGGUAAAAACCCUCUUGCUCUUUUUAUUUUUAUUUAUUUAUUAGGGGUGGGGGACGGUGUCUCACUCUGUUGCUCAGGCUGGAGUGCAAUGACAUGAUCUCAGCUCACUGCAACCUCUGACUCCCUGGUUCAAGCGAUUCUUCUGCCUUGGCCUCCUGAGUAGCUGGGAUUACAGGCAUGCACCACCAUGCCCAGCUAAUUUUUGUGUUUUUAGUAGAGAGGGGGUUUCACCAUGUUACUUAGGCUGAUCUCAAACUCCUGAUCUCAAGUGAUCCGCCCACCUCAGCCUCCCAAAGUGUUGAGAUUACAGGCAUGAGCCACCGUGCCCAGCCCUUUUGCUCUUUUUGUAGUGUAUAUUUCCCUCAGUUAGAACUUGGAAAUUACUUCUGCUUCACUUACUGCGUUUUCUCAGGUUGUUGGAAUCUAGGCAGUAGCAGUUACUUGGCAGCUAGGAGGCUUGCUAGAAUAGCAAUUCCACCUUCAGCAUUUACUGUUACAGGGUAGAAGAUGCAGCUCAGGGAGAGAAGGAUGAUGAUAAGAACAUGGCAGAAAAUCUCAAAAUCCACUCUGGAAAAUUCACUGUUUCCACACACCAACAUGUGAAUGGUCAUAUGAGAUCAUAGGGCAUUGUUAAAGUUGCAUAUUGGAAGGAAAAGACUUAGUACAAUUCUAAGAAUUAGCAUUCAUCCUGCUGAUCAGUUCUUAGCUAAGUGUCUGCUGAUACCUAAGUAACCAAUAUACCCUAGUGUUCUAUUGCUGGGUAACACAGUACCACACAUUGAACACCUUAAAACAACAGACAUUUACCAUCUCACAGGGCUGCUUCAGUACAGGACCUUACUUCUGUAGACUGAGGUACGUGUUUCUUGCUGACUGUCAGCUGGGCACCACUCAGCUUCGGGAGGCCUCCCACAGUUCUUGCCAUGUGGCCCUUUCACAGAUGCCUCUCACAACAUGGCAGUUUCUUCAAAGCAAGCAGGAGAAUCUCUAAAUGAGUCUUGUAUGACAUUAUGUCAUCAUGGGAAUAACAUCCCACCACCUUUGCAGUAUUCUAGCGUCUAGAAGCAAGGUAUGAGUUCCACCGAAACUCAAGGGUAGAGGCUAGAACAGGGAUGUGACUCAUUGGGGGUCACCUUAGAGCAUGCCUGCCACACUUGGGUACCUGCAAAAUAGAGAUUCUCAAAAGAGCUAAAAACUGAGCUAAGAGCAGGACAUGAUGGCUCACACCUGUAAUCCCAGCUACUCAGGAAGCUAGCUGGGGUGGAAGUAUCUCCUGAGGUCAGGAGUUUGAGACCAGCCUGGGCAAUAUAGUGAGAACUUUGUCUCUAAAAAAUUUUAAAAAGAGACCCCUUCUCUAAAAAACAAACAGAAAGCCUGGACGCGGUGGCUCACGCCUGUAAUCCCAGCACUUUGGGAGGCCGAGAUGGGCAGAUCACAAGGUCAGGAGAUCAAGACCAUCCUGGCAAAACGGUGAAACCCCAUCUCUACUAAAAAUACAAAAAAUUAGUCGGCGGGUGUGGUGGCAGGUGCCUGUAGUCCCAGCUACUCGGGAGGCUGAGGCAGGAGAAUGGCGUGAACCCAGGAGGCGGAGCUUGCAGUGAGCCGAGAUGGUGCCACUGCACUCCAGCCUGGGUGACAUAGCGAGACUGUCUCAAAAAAAAAAAAAAAAAAAUUCAACUGAGCUGGGGAAAAAAGCUUCAGCAGUCACUGAAAGUGCUUACAGGUACAGCUAGUAUGGGGAUGGAAUAUGUCCCAUUAGCCAGGGCAACGAAUCUCAUAUAGGAGAAUCUUUAUGUUUGUGGGACAGUGGGUGAGUUAUCACAGAGUUAUGCCUUUUUUUUUUCUCACUAUUUUAUGUCCCUUAUCACUGUGCCUUUAACCUAUUGAAAUGCAGUUGAGGCUGGGUGCGGUGGCUCGCGCCAAGAUGGCGCCACUACACUUCAGCCUGGGCAACAGAGUGAGACUCCAUCUCAAAAAAAAAAAAAAAAAAAAAAGAAAUACAGUUGAAUAUGAGGGAAAUAGAUAAAUUUCAGUUUGAGUUUAUUUGUAUUUUAUAAUAAAAUCCAGGGACAUUUUGAGAGUAUUUUUCAAUUACUCUGUUAUUUUUAAAAGAAAAAUCUUUUGAAAAAUUACUUUUUAUUAUAAAAACAAUGAAGGCAUAAAAUUUUGGCACAAAAAUAUAAGGAACAAGCAUAGUCCAUAAUCCUAAGCACCUAGAAAAGUUCUUACAUUUCUCAAAUUUCCUAAGUAAAGGGUAAAAGGAAAAAAAAAAUUGUCCAUCAGAUAAAGUAUCAGAAAUAACUUGAAUUUUGUGUCUAAAGUAUAUUGACAUUACAGUUGGUGAACUGGUUAUUAGUUUGAAGAAUUAUAGUUUAUUUUUUUAAAAAAACCUAAUUGGGAGAUGAUCAGUAGAUUCCUUGAGUAAUCAGGAUAGCUUUCUCAUGUCCAGAACUUUUGGCUAGGCGUGGUGGCUCACACCUGUAAUCACAGCAUUUUGGGAGGCUGAGGUGGGUGGAUCAUUUGAGGUCAGGAGUUUGAGACCAGCCUGGCCAACAUGACGAAACCCCAUCUCUACUUAAAAAAAAAAAAAACAAACAAAAAAAUACAAAUAAUUAGCCAGGUGUGGUGGCAGGCAUUUGUAAUCCCAUUUCUGGGGAGGCUGAAGGCUGAGGCACGAGAAUCACUUGAACUUGGGAGGCGGAGUUUACAGUGAGCUGAGAUCACGCUACUGCACUUCAGCCUGGGUUACAAAGUGAGACUCUGUCUAAAAAAUUUAAAAUAACCAGAACUUUUGAUUUAUCAUGGCAAUGUGUCACUCAAUCCCCAAUCCUGCUACUUAAAAGUUAUUUUUAUUUUUUAAGUGGCCUUAUCACAGCUCACUGCAGCCCUGACCUCCCUCAGCCUCCUACCUCAGCCUCCCAAGUAGCUGGGACUACAGGCUUUUGCAACCAUGCCUGGCUAAUUUUUGUAUUUUUUGUAGAGACAGGGUUUUGCCAUGUUGGCCAGGCUGGUCUCAAACUCCUGACCUCAAGUGAUCCACCUGUCUAGGCCUCCCAAAGUGCUGGGAUUACGUGCAUGAGCCACCAUGCCCAGCCCACCUGUGAUAUUUUGAUACAUGCAUACAAUGUGUAGUGAUCAAAGCAGGGUAAUUAGGAUAUUAAUUAUCUCAAGUGUUAAAAUUUCUUUGUGUUAGGAAAAUUCCACAUCUUCUGCUAUAGCUAUUUUCAGUUAUAUACUGGAUUAUUGAACUAUACUGACCCUACUGUGCUGUUGAACACUAGAACUUCUUCCUUCUAACUAUUUUUUUUUUUUUUUUUUUUGAGAUGAAUUUUCACUCUUGUUGCCCAGGCUGGAGUGUAAUGGCGUGAUCGCUGCUCACUGCAACCUCUGUCUCCCAGGUUCAAGCCAUUCUCGUUCCUCAGCCACCCAAGUAGCUGGGAUUACAGGCAUGUGUCACCAUUCCUGGCUAAUUUUUGUAUUUUUAGUAGAGAUGGGGUUUUACCAUGUUGGUCAGGCUGGUCUCGAACUCCUGACCUCAAGUGAUCCACCCACCUUGACCUCUCAAAGUGCUGGGAUUACAGAUGUGAGCCACUGCACCCGAUCUCUAUCUAACUAUAUAUAUAUAUGUAUAUAUUUUUUAAGACAGAGUCUUGCUCUUGUCGCCCAGGCUGGAGUGCAAUGGCACAAUUUUGGCUCACUACAACCUCUGCCUCCCAGGUUCAAGCGAUUCUCCUGCCUCAGCCUCCCAAGUAGGUGGUAUUACAGGCACCCACCACCAUGCGCAACCGAUUUUUGUGUUUUUAGUAGAGACGGGGUUUCACCAUGUCGGCCAGGCUGGUCUCGAACUCCCGACCUCAGGUGAUCCACUUGCCUCGGGUCAGAAAAGAUAUUUUGAUCAGAAAUGAUUAUAUUUUGGUCAGAAAAGAUUAUAUUGUGGUCGGAAAAGAUUAUAUUUUUUUUGAGUUAGGGUCUCGCUCUGUUGCUCAGGCUGGAGUGUAGUGGCCUGAUCAUGGCUCACUGCAGCCUCAAGCUUUUAGGCUCAAGCAAUCCCCUGCUUCAGCCUUCUGAGCAACUAGGAUUACAGGUGUGUCACUAUGCUUAUUACUAUUAUUAUUAUUUUCUAUUGUAGAGAUGGGGUCUCACUGUGUUGACUAGGCUGGUUUUGAAUUCCUGGCCUCAGGCGAUCCUCCCGUCUCAGCCUCCCAAACUGCUGGGAUUACAGAGAUCCCUCUGAACCACCUUGGAACCAGUAGGUGUUUGGUCAGAGAACCGUAAAUGGUCUGCUCUCUGCCUCUCUCACAGCAGUUCUGCCCCUCCUUGGGACCACUCGUUUUCUGCAUUCCUGGCCCAUAUUCUAUAUAUCUCUGGUCCAGAUUCCAGAGGAAACCUGUUUGACUUGAGUAGAUGCCAUUGCCCUCAUUGGGCCUUGCCUCAGGAGUUCCUCUGUAAAUCUGUGGUCCAGAUUCUGGAGGAAACCUGUUUGACUUGAGUAGAUGCCAUUGCCCUUAUUGGGCCUUGCCUCAGGAGUUGCUGGUUAGCCUAUGAAGGGGUUCCCCUUGGGUUGAUGACAUUGCUCCCAUCCAGAAAGUGGCUACUUCUACCCUCCUGCUCCCACCACUCUGCAUGCAGGAGCUGUUAUCAUCAAAAGGGAAUUUCCACCGUCUGCUCUGUACCAGAGAAGUGCUAAGCUUCAUGAAUAUUGGUAAUCGAUACCUGAAUGGGAUGAAAAUUGGCAGGCCCUGGGAUGGAUGGCCUGGUUCAUCUGCAUCAGAACUGGAAAAACAAAAUCACACCAAAUUGCAGACUUUUUUGGAAGAGCAUGUUAGACAAGAUUUGUGGAUUGUUUGAUUUUUACCAAGAAAGAAAGCUUUCUCCUAACAGCGUUAAGAUUUCUACUUGAGUGAGCUCUAAGAGGAGUCCCAGUUUGCAAGAGAUGUUAUUACAGUUCUCAUCUGUGUGGACCAGAGAGUUUUCCAAAUUCAUGCAUUUCAGUUAUUUAACAGAUAUUUACUGAGUAUUUACCAUGUUCAGUAACCAGGGCCCUGGGAAUAUAAUAAGAGAAGGUAGAUGAGAUCCUUGCCUUCACCAAGCUUAUGUUUUUCUAUUUUAAGUAAAAUUUGCCAUGACAAAAUUUCUAUCAGCAGAAGAGCCAGUAACUCUUAUUGUAAUAGGUUUUACCCAGUUUUAGAAAAGGAAAGUAGCUAAACUCUUGGUUCCUUGGUGUGUGUUUUUGUUUGUUCAUUUCUAGUACUUGUAUAUGUCUUUGGGGUAAUUUUUGAUUUAGAGUUUUAUAGAAAUUACUCGGCACAGUGUAGUUGAGGUGAAUAUAGGUAAAAGAAGGCUUAGGAAGCCUACAACAAAGGAAUCUGACACAAACUUUUGAGAUUUAUUCAGUCCAGCCAAGAGAACAUAUUUAUGGUCAAACUAGAUCUUGGAUUACAGCUCCAAAGACCCUUGGGCUGACAGAGCAGGUUCUCAUUUCUCAGCUCUUUCCCUUAUCACUUGCAGUGAACUCUGCCCCCAGGAGCAGAGUAUCCAGUUCUGUGUCCAAGCACUCUAUGAAUCUUUACCCUUGUUGAAGAAAUACUCAGAAGCAUUUAGAAAAGGAAAAGUUUACUUGCAAAGAGAGCAAGAGAAUGACUGGCUUGCCAAAUAAAAAACAUAAGUAUUUGAAGGAAAAAAUUAAAAACUGCCAAGGUUUCUGAGUUUGCAUUAGUCUGUUCAUGGUGAAAAACAGUAACUGCCUCAUGUAAUUAUUAUAUUCACAAAGGUUAUGGCAAAUCUUCAGAUGUAGUAUAGGAAAAACCAAGGAUAAAAUUUCUUAGGGAGUCCAGGUUUAUGGGAAACAUUCAAGGUUUUAUUGUUUUUUAGAUCAUCAACAGUUAGAUGACCCUAUCAUUUUUGUUUUGUCUCAGGGUGCAAAGCCUUUCUUUUCUGAUGGUGAUUGAUAUAGUUUGGCUGUGUCUCCACCCAAAUCUCAUCUUGAAUUCCCAUGUGUUGUUGGAGGGACCUGGUGGGAGGUAACUAAAUCAUAGGGACAGGUCUUUCCCGUGCUGUUCUUGUGAUAGUGAGGAAGUCUCACGAGAUCUGAUGGUUAUUAUAAGAGGGAGUUUUCCUGCACAAGCCCUCAUUUUGCCUGCUGCCAUCUAUAUAAGAUGUGAUUUGCUGCUCCUUGCAUUCUGCCAUGAUUGUGAAGCCUCCCCAGCCAUGUGGAACUGUUAAGUCCAAUAAACCUCUUUUGUAAAUUA